AUUCAAUAUUGUUACAGAUUAAAGCUUUCUCAUUCAGUUGUCUCACAUCAUAACUUUUAAAAGGAUCAUAAAUUUUAUUCCAGGCGUUCUUAAUUAUCUGGCGAAGUUAAGGUUUCAUUAACGCUCAGUAUAUUAAUAGAAGAGGCAAGUGACUUAAUAAUCUUUACUGUGGAAGUAAUACAAUUAUGUUUACGAUGUCAGAUAUAUUGUGUGCAUUUUAUCAAUAACUUACCCCCAACAAUAUAUUAAUUUCUAAUUUCUGAAAGAAACUUUAUUAAUAUCUGCAAAGAACUUAAGAGGGAUGGAAAUUUUUUUAAUAAUAUUCUUAAUUAUCUUUAGUGUUUCUGGACCAGAAAAAAAAAUAAUCUGUUCGUAAGCAGUGAUGUGAAACAUUUCACAAGUUAUAAAUAUAAUUUUUUAUACGUAGAAUAAUGUAGAAUUUCUUAAAUAUUUGUAGAAUAUUUGCUAUAUCAUAAAAAGGAUUUAGAACCGUGGAUCCAGACUCCAAUUUCUACUGACACACCAACCUACGUUGUCAAAAAUUUAACGUGUGGUACAACUUACCAGUUCUACAUCACCGCACACAACAGUGUCGGUAAAAGUGAACCGAGUGAAAUUCUUACAGCCAGAACUGAAGGUGCAGCUCCUCUUUCUCCAUCUAAAGAAGAUUUCAUAUCUACGACAAUGAAUGAAGCCACUUUAAAUAUUUUAAGUUGGAAAAAUGGCGGUUGUGAUAUUUUAUAUUUUACAAUUAAAAUAAGACAGAAACAUAGAAGAUCGUGGAAUACUCUUACUAACGAACUUUUGUAUACUCAUAAUCAAUACAUUGUGCCAAAUCUGAUGCCUUCAACAUGGUAUGAAUUACACGUAACAGCACACAGUACGGCCGGAUCUACAGAAGCACAGUACGAAUUUAGAACGUGGAACGUCACAGAAGAACUUACAAUUAGGGCAACACCCGAACCACCCCGUCCAAAAACAUCGCCAUUAGUUACAGAUUUAGAAAUUUUAAUACCAAUUGUCGUAUCUAGUCUUGUGGUACUCGUAGUAAUUAUAGUGGGGUGCAUAUUAUGUUCGAAAGAAACUCAUUGUAACACCAGAAAUAACGCCGCAGUAUUAAGACAUAGUAACAGUAAGUAUACGAGAGAAGCAGUAGCUAUGAAAGAAUUAACCAGUCCACCAGACUGUAUGAGUAGCGAAGACGGAACUCAGAGGUCGUCAUCACAAUCAACAUCACAUUAUCCUCCUGGCCAACCAUUAUACUGUCCUAGGCCAGAUGAUGAGGAAGAGACACAACCGUACGCCACUCCCUACGACACAUUACCCAUGACUGUUUUGGCAGAUCUACCCGUUCAUUCCACUUCAAUUUCUUCCUUUUCCAGAGUUGACAGGACUGAUAAUAUAUAUACCAGCCGACAGGUGUGUUACUAAAAUUUAUUCGAUUUUUAUCCAGGUUGUGUGCGGGUGUGUCUCUUUCCUCUGUAUGACAUGGAGUGCAAUUAUCUCUGAAGGGAUCAAUAUACCAUUUUUUUUUUGUUUUUUUUAUUAAAAAAGUAACUUAUUGGGAAAUUUUACUAUCUAGUGCUUUUUUUAUUACUUAUAUCUAUAUAAAAAAUAUAAAUAAUUAAUGUUUACUAACCGUAUCCUUUUGUUUUUUCUCUCUUUUUCAAGUAACCUUCGAGAGAGAGGCCUUUUGAAGCCUUCAUGCAUCAUUGCAGUUUACAGAUGCCAUGACAGGAUACCAAAUUUUCGAGUGCUGAAUGUAAAGAAUUAUAUAUUUUUAUAUAUAUACACAACACAUACACAUAUAUAUGUAUUCUAACAUUCAGGAUGCAAAUUUCCGAAAAUUCACUCACUAUGUACAAAAUUUAUUUGUCGAGCCAAGAAAUUUUUUUGUUUUCUUCAAGGGGAAGAAAAAAAAAAUACAAACAAACGAGAAUAUUUUUUAUUUGCUCAGUUAUAAAAUAUUGUGAUAUAUAUAAAUAAAUACAUAAAAAUAAACUUAAUAAAACGUAUUAAAAUACGUAUUAAUAUCAUUGUUUUAAGUUAUAAAUCGAUUAAAAAAAAUUGAAAGGAAAAUUGAUGAAUCUGAUCUCGAAAUCUUUGGAUGAAAAUUAAUGAUAUUUUAAAAGGAACAAUCAAUUGGAAGAUUGUUAAACGUUGGG